GAGGGCAAAAGAUGAAAGAGAGUGAGGAGAAGCCAGGAAGAAAGUCGAGGCAAGACGGGGAGCUGGGAUGGGAGGAAGAACAGAGGGUCUUAUGCAGGGGGUGUGGAGGGAGGAAGAAGAGGAAAAAUUGGAGCAGAUGACUUAAUCACUCUGUACUGCCACUAUAAACACUCUCCUCCCUCCACACACACACACACACACACACACACACACUUGCACAUGGUCAAUGAAUAUGAUCCCCUGUGAAGUCACUCUCCCCUCCCCUCCCUCCUGCACUAUGAGAGCCUCCAGAGCCAACUAAAACGUAUGUGUAUGUGUGGCUCCCUCUCUAUUACCCUUUCCUCUCUCACAUUCCAGUGCAGUUGAGGGGUUUGAGUGCCUGGAUACAGACACAGGAGGAAACACACGGCAAGGGAGUGAAAGGGAAUUCUCUACUCUGGACUGUAGACUGAAAAUUGUUUGGAUUUUUUUCCCCCUCCAGUUCAGACUUUGAGCACACCCUAAUUGUGCCUUUAUUUUAUAUAACUUCUUCACAUCUCCAGCUGGACAUUUCAUCAUUCUAGAGCAUCAGAAGCAUCACAAAGUAUUUUCGGUAGCUCUGGCAUUUUUUUCCCAUUUAAACAGGUCAAGUGAUUGGUCACGAAGACCAGAGAAUUGGUCCAUUAACACAGGGGCUGUGACAGCCCUGUCUCCUCCAUGAUGGCGGAACUCCUGCAGCCCAGCACUAACAGUCUCCGGGUCCCAGAUGAGAACAGAUCCAGGUCUACAUCUCCAAACAGCUCUCCUUCCCCCUCCAGAAACGACUGCAGUAUCGCUCCUCUCACUCCCUCGCCCUCUCCGAGAACUGAGCUGAGGCCACGUGUAGCACGUCCGUUUUCUGUAGUGGUGGCUAUUGAUUUUGGCACCACCUCCAGUGGCUAUGCCUUCAGUUUCACAGAGGACCCAGAGGUCAUCCAUAUGAUGAGGCGCUGGGAGGGUGGAGAUCCAGGCGUGGCCAAUCAGAAGAGCCCGACCUGCUUGCUGCUGACCCCUGAACUGCGCUUCCACAGUUUUGGCUUUGCAGCACGAGACAGCUACCAUGACUUGGAUCCUGAAGAAGCCAGACACUGGCUCUACUUCGACAAGUUCAAGAUGAAGAUUCAUAGCACUAGUGACCUCACCAUGGUGACAGAGUUGGAGUCGGUGAGUGGAAGGAGAGUUCGGGCCAUUGAGGUUUUUGCACAUGCUCUAAGAUUCUUCCGGGAGCAUGUUUUAAAGGAGGUGAAGGAACAGUGUUCGUCUGUACUAGAACAUGAUGAAGUGCGAUGGGUCAUCACUGUUCCUGCUGUGUGGAGACAACCAGCCAAGCAGUUCAUGAGAGAGGCUGCAUACCUGGCAGGUCUUGUGGCUAGAGACUCUGCUGAACAGCUACUCAUUGCUCUUGAACCUGAAGCCGCCUCAAUCUAUUGUAGAAAGCUCCGCCUCCACCAGGUCCUUGACCUCAGCCAGAGACCAAUGACCAACGGCCUGGACCAGGACGGGUCCCGUCCCUUUGACUCCAGUUUCAGGCAAGCACGUGAACAGCUUCGCAGGGCCAGACACAGCCGAAUAUUUCUCGUGGAGAGUGGAACUGGGGAACUGUGGUCUGAGAUGCAGACGGGGGAUAAGUACAUAGUGGCAGACUGUGGAGGCGGGACAGUGGAUCUCACGGUACAUCAGAUUGAGCAGCCUCAGGGAACACUGAAGGAGCUGUACAAAGCAUCAGGAGGUCCGUAUGGCGCAGUAGGUGUAGACCUGGCUUUUGAGGCGAUGCUGUGUAAGAUAUUUGGGGCAGACUUCAUUGAAACGUUUAAAGCCAAGCGUCCGGCUGCUUGGGUGGACCUGACCAUCGCCUUUGAGGCUCGUAAACGCACAGCAGCCCCAAGCAGGACGAGCGCACUUAACAUCUCUCUGCCCUUUUCCUUCAUCGACUUCUACAAGAGACACUGUGGCCAGAGUGUGGAAACAGCGCUACGCAAGAGCAAUAUGAAUAUAGUAAAAUGGUCCUCACAAGGGAUGCUAAGGCUCACGGCAGAAGCUACAAAUGAGCUUUUCCAGCCUACCAUCAGCAAGAUCAUCAAACAUAUUGAGGACCUGAUGGAGAAGGAGGAAGUAAAGAACGUGCGCUUCCUGUUCUUGGUGGGUGGUUUCGCUGAGUCUCCUAUGCUCCAGCGUGCGGUCCAGAAUGCACUGGGGCAGCGCUGCCGCAUUAUCAUCCCUCAGGAUGUGGGUCUUACCAUCCUGAAGGGUGCAGUGCUGUUUGGCUUAGACCCCACAGUGGUUCGAGUCCGCCGCUGCCCAUUAACGUAUGGCGUUGGUGUCUUAAACCGCUUUGUAGAGGGUCGUCAUCCAAGUGAGAAACUUCUCAUCAAAGAUGGCCGGCAUUGGUGCACAGACAUCCUUGAUCGCUUCGUUUGCACUGACCAAUCGGUGGCCUUGGGGGAGGUGGUUAGGCGGAGCUACACCCCAGCCAGAGUGGGCCAAAGGAAGAUUAUAAUAAAUAUUUACUGCUGCACCAGUGAUGAUGUGGUGUACAUUACUGAUGCUGGAGUGAGGAAGUGUGGCACCAUAACUCUGGAUCUGCCCGAGCCAGAGGCAGGCGCCAUCAGCAGCAGCACAAAUGGAGCAGCGCUUGAGCGCAGGGAGAUACGAGCCACCAUGCAGUUCGGAGACACCGAAAUUAAAGUGACUGCUAUUGACAUGGACACAGGGAGACAGGUCAAGGCUUCUAUUGACUUCCUGUCUAACUAACCAAAUUACCCACACUUUGAGGAAAAGACAAUAGGUAUAUGAACUAUUCAAAAGACUAAUUCAGAUUCCAUCUAUCCUAAAAUAGUUUGGCACAUUUUCUUACAGUUUAUCAAGCUGUCUCAUGAUAAGAAACCAAUUCAAAACUUUAUUUUUGUAGAUUGUUACUAUUGCUGAGAAUUAUUACUGUCCAAGUAGUCAUGUUUUUUAUUAUCAAAUCUGUUAUGCAGAUACUUACACAUUUUUCUUUUUACUUUUAAACCAACAAUGCCACCUAGUUGCUUGGGGAGAAACUGGACAUUUCAAAAUGUACUGAAAAGCUGGAAUACAAGUUAAUCAUAAGGACUUCAGAGGAGUCACAUACACAUUAUAAAUGUACACAAAUGUUCUCACAUUAUUUUCUUUAAGUGGUCGUUUUUUGUUAUGCAGUAACUUUGAAUACAUACCCAAUACAUAUUAUGAACCCAAAACCUAAUCUAGUAUUCAUCCUUGGUAAAAACCAGUCCAUAGAGUUGCUAUAACCACUGUGUUUAAGUUCAAUACUCUGCAUGUUAUCAAACAAAGCACAUGAAAAAAGCUGAGAAUAUGGCAGAAAAAAUACUGCUAAACCUUCUUAGAGCUUCAGCAUUUAAAUAAAUAAAUAAACAAACAAGA